AUGGUGACUGCUUACUGGAGCUCCGGGCUCGGCGUGGAGCUCGCACAUUGGCUCAGGCCGCAGCAGGCAGGAGCAAUAGAGCUCCGAUCAGCCGGCAGCAUGGAUGGAAAGCACAGCGCUGACCAGGGUCAGUUGACUAAGGGAAAAAAAGCGAAUUUCGAACUUAUUUUGGUCCACCUGGAUCUAAAAGGAGCACCGCCCAAAGUGUCAUAUCUGGCAGAGAUAUUUCCCCUUUUCUCAUCCCUUGGAGCAAAUGGACUGCUGAUAGAAUAUGAAGACACCUUUCCAUAUUUCGGGGAGCUGCUCCCUUUGCGUGCUGCCCAUGCUUACAGCCCUGAGGAAAUCUGUGAGAUAUUAAGUCUGGCAAAGCUUCACAACUUGGAAGUCAUUCCAUUAAUACAAACAUUUGGACACAUGGAGUUUGUCCUAAAGCACAAGGAGUUCUCUCAUCUUAGAGAAGUCCCAACUUACCCAAACAGCUUGAACCCCCAUAAAGCAGAAUCCCACCAGCUGAUUCGGGCCAUGCUGCAGCAGGUGAUGGACCUGCACCCAGACAUCCAGUGGCUCCAUAUCGGUUCUGACGAGGUCUAUUACCUUGGUGAGGGUGAAGAAUCCAAGUUGCUACGUACAGAAAGAUCCCUCACUGUCGUAGAAAUCUUCUUGUCACACCUCCGAGCUGUGGCUACGCAUGUAGUGUCCACAUUUCCGGGGGUAAGACCCAUCGCCUGGGAUGAUAUGCUUCGCGAAGCCAGUGCAUGCACACUCACAGAGUCCGGAGUCCCGUCUCUGCUGCAGCCUAUGAUAUGGGACUACACCGCAAACCUGGAUGUUGAAAACAGAAUCGCUCUGGUGGAGAAGUACCAACAGUGUGGCUUUCAGAAGAUCUGGUUGGCGAGUGCUUUUAAGGGGGCCACAGGGACAAACCAACAGCUCACUCACAUUGCCCAUCACCUGGAGAACCACAGACAUUGGCAGCAGGUAGCGGAGGCAGUGCCACAGAGCAUCCUACAGGGGAUGGCAUUAACUGGAUGGCAGAGGUACGACCAUUUCUCGGUACUGUGUGAGCUGCUUCCAGUUGCGAUUCCAUCUUUGGCUGUGUGUCUGCAAUUCCUAAAACAUGGUUCCUGCUCUGAGCAAGUGAUUGGCUCCGUGAAAAGCAUCCUGGGAAUGCCACAGUUGGAGAUUGAAAACUUUGUAAGCGAGCCAACGGGGAGUUUUCCUGGUAGUGAUCUUCUAACUCUCAUCACGCAAAUCAUUUUUUUCUUGAAGACGUCUGUGAAAGAUUUUCUGGAAGGGAACAGGUUUGUCACAGGCUGGUUCAGUCCUUACCACCGGAAGCGGAAAAUUGUUCAUCCAAUAAUGGUGCAGCAGAUCCAGCCAGAGGCGAUAAGCCUCCUGUCAAGAUGGACGCCAGUAAUGGAAGCAGUACAGGCAGCGUUGCUUAGUAUCUAUCCCAUGAGUACAGCUACGGAAUGGAUGGAAGAGUAUGCCCUGCCGUGUUUCCUGGAAAUUCAGGAACUUGUGAACGACUUGAACACUGCUCUGGGGAACGUAGAGUAGAUCCGUACUCUCUACCGUUACAACCAGCAGCGGAGCCUUCAUAUUUACUGA